AUGGCGACAUCGGCGUUGCCGCCGCGCGUUCCUCUCCUCAUCUCCAAUCUCGGCGUCUCUCUUUCCUUCUUCCUCUGUCUACACGCACCUCCGGCGUUGUCCGCCCCCUCGCCGCGGUCGAGGCUCCGGAGAAGGUCAUCAAUCUCGGCGAUCAGAUCUCGAGCAGUUGAUGAUGGUGGAAGAGAAGGUGCGAAGCAUGCCGAGAUCCUCCCCGGCCAACUGCCAAUUGCACGGAUGGCAAACAUAGCCAAACUUGAGUUCAUCGCCCUUGACAUCUCGGGCAAGAAUUAUAUGUCAUGGACUCUUGAUGCUGAUAUUCACCUGAUCUCAAAGGGUCUAGGAGAAACUAUAAAAGAAGGAAACAAAGCGUCCGACCAGGAUCGCGCUAAGGCACUAAUAUUCCUUCGUCAUCACCUUCAUGAUGACCUUAAGACAGAGUAUCUGACUAUCAAAGAUCCACAAGAAUUGUGGACGAACCUCAAAGAAAGGUUUGAUCAUCAAAAGACUGUCGUCCUUCCUAAAGCUCGUUACGAGUGGAUGCAUCUAAGACUACAAGACUUUAAGUCUGUAAGUGCUUAUAAUUCUGAAUUAGUUAGAAUUGUUUCUAAAUUGAAACUUUGUGGAGAGAAAAUCAGUGAUGCUGAUAUGCUUGAGAAAACAUUCUCCACUUUUCAUGCUUCUAAUGUGCUGUUACAGCAACAAUAUAGAGAGCGUGGUUUCAAAAAGUACUCAGAAUUAAUAUCUUGUUUGUUGGUUGCCGAGCAAAAUAAUGAAUUGCUCUUGAAAAACCACGAACUCCGCCCAACCGGUUCCGCUGCAUUGCCUGAAGUCAAUGCAACUUUCAACCAUGAUAAUGGACGUGGUCGUGGGCGUGGACGUGGACGUGGACGUGGAUAUGGUCGCGGUCAUGGACGUGGUAAACCACAUGAUGCAACCUCUAGCAACAAAAAGCAUAAAGCAUCCAACGAGCACAAUUCAUACAAAAAGGAAGGUGAAUGCCAAAGCAAAAAACACCUUGCAGAUCUAUAUCAAGAUUCAAUCAAGGGAAAAGGCAAGAAGGAGUUCAAUAAUGUUGACUUUGACGGUCCAAUUGAUACUACUCAUUUAGAUGUCUCCGACUUCUUUGAAGACCCAAAAGGAGAUAAUAUAGAUCAGUUGAUCGGUGGUGGUGUGCUUGAAGACAAUAAUAUUGAUGAGGGAUAA